CGCUUGGCGGCCGACGACCAGGAUGGGAGCAGAGCCCCCAGGCCACCCGCAGCCUCUGGAGCCCCACUGAGCCGGCCGCGGAGACCCCGCGCGGGAGCCGAGAUGUGUCUGCGCCUUGGUGGCCUGAGUGUGGGUGACUUCCGGAAGGUGCUGAUGAAGACGGGGCUGGUGCUGGUGGUUCUGGGUCACGUGAGCUUCAUCGCGGCAGCUUUACUCCAUGGUACUGUGCUGCGCUACGUGGCUGCCCCCCACGACACUGUGGCUCUGCAGUACUGCGUGGUCAACAUCCUCUCUGUCACUUCCGCCAUUGUGGUCAUCACCUCCGGCACUACAGCCAUCGUGUUGUCACGCUACCUCCCCAGCAUCCCCCUGCGCUGGGCAGUGUUUAGCUCAAGUGUGGCCUGUGCCUUUCUCUCUCUGACCUGUGCUCUCGGCCUCUUGGCCUCGAUCGCCGUGACCUUUGCCACCCAGGGACGGGCACUGCUGGCUGCCUGCACUUUUAGGAGCCCUGAACUACUGGCGCUGGCGCCUGACUGUCCCUUCGACCCCACACGCAUUUAUAGCUCCAGCCUGUGCCUCUGGGGUAUCUCACUUGUGUUCUGCGUGGCAGAGAGUGUGUUUGCUGUACGAUGCGCCAGGCUCAUCCACCAGCUGCUGGAACUGAGGCCCUGGUGGGGGAAAAGCAGCCACCACAUGCCUUUUGUGUCUCCACAGAUGCAGGAGAGCCCAGAGGCCAUGGAGGGCCAUGACCUGAUGAGCUGCCCCAGCUCUGUGUCGCUGACCCUCUGACAGCUGAUGCCUCACCCAGACCCCAUGGCCAGUGGGGCCCUGCAACCAAGUCGGGCCAGGAUUCCUGGAGCUGGCCCAUGAGGGCUCAAUGUCCAUUCAGGAACCUGGGUGGGGAUUUUAAACUCCACCCCCAACCACCCAACCCACUGCACUGAAACAAGACUUUAUUCUGAAGUUAUUAAAAAGAACAGAGAUGCUC